GCUUAAUGGAUGUAGGGUAGUGUUGAUUUGCAAAGUUUCCGUCACACAUGCGUCAAGUUUUGUUAUUCGAAAAUUACAAUAGUUGUUUACCACGUGGUUCGUGAUCAUUCAGGCAUCUUUCGAUAAGUGAACUUCGAGCUGCUUUUGUGAAAAUACUUAUCAUUUGAAUGAACAGCAGAGAGAAAAAGGAUUCACGUUCCUUUAUUUUCUCGUCCUUCGUAGUUGUUUUUGUUGACUCUUCCUUUCGUUGGUAAUACGAAAACAAUUCUGAGAACCGGCAAUCUCUAUGAUAACUGUUACGGCCAGUGACGAGGAAUAUGGUGAUUUUAAAUGCAAAUUUCCAAAGAUAUGGUGCAAGGUAUUGUGUUUACAGCUGUUAAUAUGAUUGAAAGGAAUAGGAACAAUUUAAUAAUCUUUUAACAAUAUCGUGUGUUUCUCGAAGAAUCGAAUGAAGUAUUUUAUUCUAUAUUUCGAUAUGUUAUGCGUAGAGACAAGCACGAAUGAAAGAAAAAUAACGAGAACGAUGUAAAAACCAUUUACAAUUAUUUUUACGAGCCACAUUUUCAAGAGCGAGAUAAAAUUAUUUCCACCAAAUUAAAUACCGUUAAUAGUAUUAUGUCGUAUCUUCGAACUACUGUAUUCUAAUGUUGAAGAGCACUAUCUACUAAAAGAACUAAUGUUUCAAGAGCGCUAUCAGUACAUUUUUAUAAAAUAAAAUUGUUUGCACAGCAGGAAAUCAAGCUGCCAUUAUUAAUUUUAAUUAAAACCGAGCUCUAAAUUGAAAACUAUCAAUAAUGUGCUAUAUCACAUCUUUCAACUAUUGAACUCUAAUGUAUUCGAAAAAUAUGUUAGCAACAAGGAAAACUAUAAAUGGAAUUCAUUGAUAUCAACGUUGCAAGGAUCAAAGAUAAACUGAUGGAUCAACGGAAGAAUUAAAAGUAUAAUAUCGAUCAACAAAAUUUUCCACGAACAGUGUGAUUCUAUACUCUUAAAGAAGAAUAUCGGAUAAAAUCAACAAAAGAAAUAAUCUUUAUUAUCUAGUUGCAUCUUCGUGUUCUUUUGUCGUCGCAUAUCUUUCGACAGAAUAUUUUACUCGUAAUUGAAUACAAUCAAACAAUCAGGCCGCUAUUGUGUAAGAGAAACGUAAUUGUUGCUUUACAUAUAAAACAUAGAAGAGAUAAAGAUGAUUUUUGAGGAAAAUGUGCGCGCAUUUCGAGAAACAACUACAAUGUUAUCAACAAUGCGGUAUCUUUGUUGGCCAUCUGUAUCUUCAAGAAGCCGGAAAAUCGGAGUUCGUAACUUUGGCUUUACGUAACACAGUCUGCGACGUCUAGACUCUUUCAAGGUUGUGCUAUGGCCCGCAGGAAGCGCUGUGUUAAUGUGCCUGGGAUUAUAGUAUCAUAACAAGAGUUCAGAUUAACAGUAGGUAGCUUUCUUUGUAUCAGUCGCAAUACAUACUCGGGGAAGUGAUUUUCGCAUAGAUUCAAGAAUUACCACAAACCGUCAGAACGAUACAUCAAUCUACGUAUGUUUAAUAAAAAUAGCGAGUAAUAAUGAGACACGAAUCUGCGAUAUUACUUAUUCUGGUUGAGCUCUAAAGGUCAAGCAAGAACAUUGUAAAACAUAUGAUAGAGUUAGUUAAAAGAAAAUUUGUAUUCGUUUGGCCGUCGCACAUCCUGUGAAAACAAGCAUUCAAGUCUACUUCAUUUUGUGCACGUUAAACACAUUAUGCAUGUUAAAUAAAUGAAAGAAGAAUUCCUAUUCCGCGCGUGUAGGGAAGAAGUGAUUAAAGGAAUUGGAAAAGGAUAUGUGAUAAAGAAUCUUGUGGGCAAUUGUGCGUUAUUGACGUCAAAGCUAUUAUCGCUAGAUAUCGAAAACAAGAAGUUAGAAGGAACAGUGACGAUUAGUUGUUCCCCAAGUGCCAGAAUACGGAUCUACAAUUAUUCAACAUCUGACAGUACAGGAAUGAGCGUGAAAAUCGUCGUGAGUGUGACGGAGAUUGCAGACAUGAGUUCUAAGGAUCGUUACGUGAUCGAAGGGGUAGCUCUUUCCACGGCCACCGAGGAUGUGGGAGAUGGAAUUCAAGGGCACGAUAAUGACACCGAGUCCUUGCAAUUGUUGUCGCAUCUUGAUCCUCCUGUCGACAGCGUGUACAUGAUAUGUGGCGUAUUGAUCGCUUUGCUAUUAGUCGGCGUCAUCAUCGUUCUCCUUGCUGUAACGAUCAGCAAAUUGCGGAAACGGGAGGAUCAUUCGAAUGCGGUACAUCCGGAAGCGACCGUAGUUCAAACAGCAACAUCGCCAGUCUCGACGAUCGUCGAACCGUCUUAUCCUGGUGAAGGUUGUUGCACGCAGACGUCAGUCACUACCACAUCGACGGAUCUGGGAAACAGUACAGCUGUUGAACAGGAUAACGUCUAUGCUACAGUCAAUCCGGCAGAUCAAUUCGUCUGGCAGUUUCCGCCUCCUUAUCCACCGCCUCAUACACCGACGCAGUAUACGUUGUACAACGACCAGGAUACUCUUGUACACGCAUUACCGUCGGAUAGGCCUGGAUUUGCAAAGGGCUUCCGUAAGAAUAUCGGGGGACGCUGGCGUCGCUUAGUGAAAAGGAAGCCGGAGACGGAGACUUGUGCCAUUCCUCCUGAACUGAAGGAUCAACUAAAAACAAUUUACGUCUAUUGACGAUCAGCGUUAAUGCGCCGUUGUCUAUAUUUUUACAAACCUUCCUCGGUAAUCGAUGCUUUCCUCUAUGUAAGAUAAUAAUUAUAUCAAGAAAGAUAGAGAUGACACGAGUUAUGAAGGCAAAAGGAAACGAACGCGCAAUGGGAUAGUUCAUAAAAAAAAAAAGACAA